AUGGUACCUGCGCGUGCGCACUUGAGUCCCGUACGAUGCACAGUGUCACCUGUGCUCUGGCGAAAAUCUCCAGAGCCACCGGACUGUGGAGCUUGCCGAUGCCACUUCGCCUACCUCACGUUGCGCUCGGAGGCAAAUUCUGCUUCGUGUGCAGCAGUUGUGCUGCCCCCGCAGGGAAGAAGCAGGGGCGACGCAGAUUUCGCUGAGAAGGCAUUUGCCGUUGUGUUCAUCCAGAGAUGCUCAGUAAGUUCCAGUUCUGCUGAAUCUGCUUCGUGCUGGAAGAAAACGACGCUGAAUUGGUCUCCAGAUUUCACAAUAAUAUGUUCACCUCCUUGGAAUAGGAUGUUGAUUUGUUUCCAGUUGUUUAAUAUUCACAAAGCGGUGAAAACGAAGUGUGAAGGUGACAAAUACGCAACGUACAAAUAUCAUCAAUACCAUUUUAAAAGUGGUUCUCCAAACACCAACUUCCGGGUUCGACCCGCAAUAGACGCGCCCCAAGGUGACAAAAUUUCCAAACCACUCGACGGUACAAUGUCAGCUCGGCCCUCCGAAGUAGAAACGUACUGUGUUCCAAAGCGAUGA